UUUAAAUAAACAUUAAUGAUUUAAUUAUUUUCGGAAGAAGAAAACAAAAUACACGAGAAUUUUGUUGGUACUUACUGCAUUGCUCUCCAUUAGCUUCCGAUCCUCAUUGUUAACGAUCGAACAAUUCUCUCGCCCCCAAAUUUCUGCUGAAACUCGGCGAUCAGUUGGUAGCGGUGAGCACACUUUAAACAAUGGCGGAUACCGGAGGCAAUAACAGUACAGGAAACGACGUCGUCCAGCUCGAGGCUAUGCGGAAAGACAGCUUCUCGUGGCAUCCUUGCAAGGUCUCUCUCUGCUCCAGAGGUUUAGGUCUUAUUCUGCAAUUCGGAGACAACUAUAUGGAAGAAAUAAUCACUGAUCAACAGGAAGUAAUGGCACGGAUUCGUGUGCGUUCUACUCCAUUACAAGGCGACGAUUGCUCUUCUCUCCGACAAGGCGAUCGUGUGCUUGCCACCAGAAGUUCGCAUGCUAAGAGUGUGUUCUGUGAUGCUCUGGUGGAAGAGGCAAUGCGUGUGAGGCAUUCAAAGAGGAUCCACUGCAGAUGCACUUUCAAAAUCAAGUGGCUUCAUCAAGAAGAAACGCUGACUGUCCCAGCCGGUGCAAUCAUGAAACUAUCUACUGAAAGCAUCAAUCUCCAUCCAACUAUUUCUACCUACUUCAGCAUGCUGGAAUCCUCUAAUGAUUUAGACAAGUCGCCAUAUUCAAUCGCUGCUGAUAUUACGAACUUGGAAAUGGAUAUCAAUGUUCUGCUUGAAAAACAAAUAGAGGAGAUACGUAACUCAACGAAUGUGUCUCAGAAGAUCUCCAAGGACUUUGUUUUAGGACUCGAAGUUGACCUUGGAGGACAAAGCCAUGGCUGGGAAAUUGACGCAUCCUUGAAAGAACCAUGUGUCACAAUCCCUUUCCCUAAUAAUAUAAAGGCUUAUACUGGGAGUGGGACUGAACAUACUGCCAAGACAACAACCGAAAUUCCACAAGAGGAGUUCAAUGGAAGCAGAUCGCUUCUCAGCCCUCUUGCUGCUCGUGCAGCUCUUGCUUCACUAAGAUCAAAUUUUCCACAAAGUGUAGAGCUUUCACUCCAGAGCAAUGUGGAGAAAGCAGAUGAUUUUUCAUUAGAAAUAUCAGCUGCAUUAGGAGGCAAAAGUCCAAAUUUUAAGGAUAUUGCGAAGACACUCUUCCCAACAUCAACUACUCCACCAGAACCUCAAUUUCCUAAAGUUUCUUCCUUAGAAAAGAAAAGCAAGAUUUCAGAAAAGAAGAUAAUCCAGCCUUCACAAACAAGGUUUACUCGUUCACAAAUUCAGAGAAGUAAUGAAAUGUGUGAAUCUACUCGGAAAAGGACCUUUGCUGAAGAUGCAGAAAAACACAAUCCCUCAAAAAGGCUAACACGUUCAGCUUCAGUGUCCCGAGAAGAGACUGAGAAGAAUAACAUGCAACCCAAACAAAAGAUUAGCAAAACCAAAUUCUCGGAAUCAAAAGAAUUGGAUUUGUUGAAGGGCGAUGUUUCCGGUGAGAGCAACAGAGUCAAGACCACCCCGAACACUGCCGAAAGUGUUGCUGGCAUAAGCAGGAAGUCUGCUACUUCAAAAAAGCAAGAGACGCGUUUUUCUCCCCGACUCAGAUUUCUUCCUCGGACUCGCUCCCAGACCAAAGCUUAAUUUGGAGACACAAAUUCCUACAUUAAUUUCCCCUCUUAAUUUGACCAUCUGAUGUGGGAAAUUAUUUUGAUAUGUAACUACAGCACUAAUAUAUAUGUUAUCUUCUUUCAGUACAUGUAAUUAGUAUAUGACUGUCUCAGUACCAUGUGUCUUGUGGACAUGGUUUAUAAGACAACACCAAAACCGGCUUAUUGUCUUCAGCAGAACAAAAAGUUUAUAUCAUCAUAUUUUGUGCAGUAGCUUAC